GUUGAAGGAACAAUUUGCUGGUGUAGUGUCAGAAUGUCAAGUACUGUGUCCUACUGGAUCUUAAAUUCUGCAAGGAACAGCAUUGCCACAUUACAAGGAGGCAAACGCUUAUACUCAAGAUGUGUCUCAAAUAGGAAUAAAUCAAAAUGGAGACUCUUUUCACAGCUGCCACUCACCCUAAAAAACAGUUCUGCAUGUGGUAGCUUCAAUCUGUGGAAAGCCCACAGACACACAUCGACGGAGGAGGAUGAUUUCCACUUGCAGCUCAGCCCUGAGCAGGUAAAUGAAGUGCUUCGAGCUGGAGAGUCAGUCCACAAGAUUCUUGAUGUUGACAGUGGAGUCCCAAAUUCAGUGUUGCGGUUUGAGAGCAACCAGUUGGCUGCCAAUUCCCCAGUGGAGGACCGGCGAGGUAUAGCCUCCUGUCUGCAGACCAGCGGACUGAUGUUUGGCAUCUUUGAUGGACAUGGUGGUCACGCAUGUGCACAAGCCGUGAGCGAGAGGCUCUUCUACUAUGUGGCAGUGUCCCUGAUGUCCCACCAGACCCUGGAGCAGAUGGAGGGAGCAAUGGAAAGCAUGAAGCCCCUGCUGCCCAUCCUACAGUGGCUCAAGCAUCCGGGGGACAGUAUCUAUAAGGAUGUCACGUCAGUACAUCUUGACCACCUCCGUGUCUAUUGGCAGGAACUACUUGACCUGCACAUGGGAAUGGGACUGAGCAUUGAGGAAGCAUUAAUGUACUCAUUCCAGAGACUGGAUUCUGACAUCUCACUGGAAAUCCAGGCCCCUCUUGAAGAUGAGAUGACAAGGAACCUGUCACUCCAGGUUGCUUUCUCUGGGGCAACUGCUUGCAUGGCUCAUGUCAAUGGAAUUCACUUGCACGUGGCAAAUGCUGGUGACUGCCGGGCCAUUCUUGGUGUCCAGGAGGACAAUGGCAUGUGGUCUUGUCUUCCUCUCACCCAUGACCACAAUGUUUGGAACCAGGCUGAGCUGUCCCGGCUAAAGAGGGAGCACCCUGAGUCAGAGGACAGGACGAUCAUCAUGGACAACAGGCUGCUAGGUGUCCUCAUGCCCUGCAGAGCCUUCGGGGAUGUCCAGCUGAAGUGGAGUAAAGAGCUGCAGCGCAGCGUCCUAGAGAGGGGCUUUGAUACUGAGGCCCUCAACAUUUACCAGUUCACUCCCCCACACUACUAUACUCCACCCUACCUGACCGCCGAGCCUGAGGUCACAUACCACAGGCUGAGGCCCCAGGAUAAAUUCCUUGUGCUGGCCUCAGAUGGCCUGUGGGACAUGCUGGGCAAUGAGGAUGUGGUGAGGCUGGUGGUGGGGCACCUGGCUGAACCGGGUCAGCAUAAACCAGAUCUGGCCCAGAAACCCGCCAACCUAGGGCUCAUGCAGAGCCUGUUGCUGCAGAGGAAAGCCAGUGGGCUCCAUGUGGCAGACCAAAAUGCAGCCACACAUCUGAUUAGACACGCCAUUGGGAGCAACGAGUACAGGGAGGUGGAGCCGGAGCGGCUGGCAGCGAUGCUGACAUUGCCAGAGGACUUGGCAAGGAUGUACAGGGAUGAUAUCACUGUUACUGUGGUGUAUUUUAACUCAGACUCAAUUGACGCCUAUUACAAGGGGGGUUAAGAGUCUCCCAUCCUAUUGCCAAGGUUAACAUAAAUACUCUUUUAAAAUAUUUUCACUUAUUCUUUUUUU